GCGUCGCCAUGUUGCGGGGUCCUCGCUCCGGGCGUGUAGGUGUCUCCAUAAGAUGCCGGCUGAGCGCUUCCCCCCUCUUUUCUCCCCCAAGAUGGCGUCCAUGCGGGAGAGCGACACCGGCCUGUGGCUGCACAACAAGUUGGGGGCGACGGACGAACUGUGGGCGCCGCCGAGCAUCGCGUCGCUGCUCACAGCCACGGUCAUCGACAACAUCCGCCUCUGCUUCCACAACCUCUCGUCUGCCGUGAAGCUGAAGCUGCUGCUCGGGACCCUGCAUCUCCCUCGACGCGCCGUGGAUGAGAUGAAAGGAGCAUUGACUGAAAUUAUCCAGCUUGCGACCUUGGAUUCAGACCCUUGGGUCUUAAUGGUAGCUGAUAUUUUAAAAUCCUUUCCAGAUACUGGUUCACUUAAUCUUGAUCUUGAAGAACAGAAUCCCAAUGUUCAGGAUAUUUUAGGAGAGCUUAGAGAAAAAGUUAGUGAAUGUGAAGCAUCUGCAAUGUUGCCUUUGGAGUGUCAGUACUUAAACAAGAAUGCCUUGACCACGCUUGCUGGCCCACUCACGCCUCCCGUGAAGCAUUUUCAGCUGAAAAGAAAGCCUAAAAGUGCCACUUUGAGAGCAGAGCUCCUGCAGAAAUCCACAGAGACUGCCCAGCAGCUCAAGAAAACAGCUGGAGUACCUUUCCACGCCAAAGGAAGGGGACUAGUCAAGAAAAUCGACACCACAACACCUCUUAAAGGUAUCCCAAAACAGGCUCCUUUCAGAAGCCCAACCACACCCAGUGUUUUUAGCCCUGCCGGAAACCGGACUCCCAUCCCCCCUUCUCGAACACCUCUACGAAAAGAACGGGGAGUGAAGUUACUAGAUAUUUCAGAACUGGAUAUGGUUGGUGCAGGCCGAGAGGCAAAAAGAAGAAGAAAGACUUUAGAUACAGAAGUUGUGGAAAAGCAAGCCAAAGAAGAAACCGUUGUCGAAAACGCUACUCCUGAUUAUGCUGCUGGCCUUGUCUCUACCCAGAAACUUGGUUCUUUGAACAAUGAGCCUGCACUACCCUCUACAAGCUACUUGCCUGCAACUCCUAGUGUGGUUCCAUCAUCGUCCUAUAUACCAACCUCUGAAACACAGCCAGCUCCUGCGGCUCGAGAGACCUUGCAGACCAUCCGUCAGCCAGAUGAACCUGCAACCCCAAACACUACUCUUCCUACUCAGUUCAAGCAGAGAACACCCAUGUACAACAGCAAUGCCAACCCUGCUCCAGCAGCUGCUGCUCCACCUACCUCACCUCUGACCCCUACAACCCCGCCUGCCAUCGCUCCCACAGCACAGACGCCGCCAGUGGUGCCACAGACCCAGCCGGCCCCACAGCAGCAACCCAAGAAAGGCUUAUCCCUGACGAGGGAGCAGAUGUGUGCUGCACAAGAAAUGUUUAAGACUGCAAACAAAGUGACCAGGCCCGAGAAAGCGCUCAUCCUGGGCUUCAUGGCAGGAUCCAGGGAGAACCCUUGCCAAGAACAGGGUGACAUCAUUCAGAUCAAGCUCAGUGAGCACACAGAAGUUCUUGACAAAGCUGACGGCACAGGGAGCACCACCAUGUUAGUCGACACCGUCUUUGAAAUGAACUAUGCCACUGGCCAGUGGACCAGACUCAAGAAGUAUAAGCCCAUAACCAAUGUUUCCUAGAGGACCUAGGAGGACACCGUGGGGACCGCGCCAAGCAUGGGCAGCCACCUCUGCUGAAGAGAAAGCGGAGACAGCCCCUGCCCCAAGGACAUCGACACUCUGUUUCUUGUUCCCUUCCAGGCUGGCUAACUUUUAUCCAGCCCCCCCUUGGGAGUGUGCUCUGCGUGACAGCUGCACAGGCGAGGGCCUGUCUGGUACAUUGGUAGGGUUUCCAAAAUGGAAAAGGCAGAUCGAGUGUGCUGUGUCCUAAUCUUCCUUCCUCAGAGAACUUCCUCUCUGACUGAGCAAAGCUCCAUUCCAAACAUGGGGAGGAAAGAUUAUUUACGGAAUUGCUUUCAAAUUUUCUCUUAAGCCAAGAUGGUAAAUUCCCUGCAGAUUUGUAUGCCCUUGUGCUUAGCUCAUUUUGCUAGGAAAAAAAAUGGCAUGUGAGGAGAGUUGGGGAAUCCUGUGUAGUGUGAAUGUAUUAGUAUCAGUGCCCUGAAAAAUCGGCACUCCCAGAAGGAGCACUAAUCUCUCCUUAGCUUAGAUGAGCACCGAAGACCCCAUUGACCCCUUAGUAUCGGGACGCCACAUGUUGCCAAAACCAACACUCACGCUGCUUGCAAGUUGCUCGAUCAGCCCUUUGCCCUGCUGCCAGUCGGGCUGGACAUGGGUGGCUUCUGCCCACAGGCUUCCAAGGGCCCAGGCAUUUAGAAAGGUCAUGUCACUUUGAGUAGGCCAGGAUUGUGUGGUGGGGUUGGUGGUCAAACCAGUCUUUAGACUUACCCAUGGGCAGGUACACUCACAGUGGGAGGGACUGUUUUUGCUUGGGGACAUAGGAAAGAAGUGAGAACAGCUGUGUGGAUGCCUAUCAAAAUCUGGGGCUCUUGCCCUGCUUAUGAAGACUUACGGCCUAGGUCAUGGAUAAGAAUGGCACUGUGGGCCCUCAGAAUGCUCCAGGAGAGGCAGUGAGGUGAACGGCUCUCUGGCCAUCGAGUCACCCCUUGCUUGCUGAGUAAAGCCUUAAGAACUAUUGGAGGUCUUUGAACGUGUGUGGGUGUGUGUGGGUGGGUGGGUGGGUGUGUGUGGGUGUGUCCCUCACUGCUGAUUUCUUCAAUCAUAUCACCAAGAGAGGGUGCUUUGAUAGAGGCAGCACUUUUAUUUGAACUGAUUCUAGCUUUUCCUUUCUGGUUCAAGUCUGAAACAAUCCAGAUCUUUAGGUGGGGGUGGGGGGAGUGUUGGAAGCAAUAAUUCAGAGGUGCAAAGCCAAAUUCUCACUCUGAAGAUGAAUGUUUACAUGUGUAGCGCUUCAGCCAGUAGCAGCAGCACAAGCAUCGAGCCCCCGCAUAGAGGCCUUGUGUUGGCUGGUGCUUCUGGGGGGUGAUUUCAGAGCCACCCUGUACUACAUGACCACUCCUGAUUGUGAAUUGUGGAGGUACAGCCUGUUAGUGUUCAGAGUGAGUCCUCUGGAAUGAAUGGUAAGGUUGGUUUUAGUUAUUCCUGGCGGGGAGGGAGUGGAGAAGACUUGGGGUUUUUUUAGAUGUUUUGUUUUGGUUUUGGAUUUAAUGUUACAUUUUGCAAAGCUAAAUUUAACCAAAAAAAGUUAGAGCUUUUUCUUAAUUUUAGUGACUGAUAUUCCUGUUGGCCUUUUAUCCAACUUACAUUUUUUUAAAGAGAAAUUCCAGUCGUUGUUCGCUUAAGUUCUUUUUCUAUUAAGAUGUAUCUGUGAGCCAGUACGAAGUGAACUGCUUGGAACUGCAGCUGCUGGCUGCUGGCUACAAGUACGGAACAUGAAUGGUGUUUGAGACUCGUGGCCUUUGGAAUUGGGAGAGCUCUUCACUUCCCACACUGUGGGCUCAGCCCAGGCUGAGGUUGACAGUGACCAAACAUGGCCACUCCCCUCCUCCAUGGGCUGCCAAGUAGAGGCGAUGAUUCCAAUGGGGUGUUGGGGCCAAACCCAGUCACUGGAGGAGCACAUAGGCAAGGGGUCAGGAUGACUGCAGCCCACUUCCUCGGCUGAUGUUUUCUAUGUGUAUGUAUGAUUAUUUUCUUGUAUCUCAGCUAUCCAAAUGUGUGAUCAGAUUUCAAGAGUAAAGAGGACUGUACCACCUUCCACGUUUACAAAACAAAGGCCUAUUCUUGCUGCUCCUUAGCAAAAUAACUUGUUUCUUUAACUUUCUUAGUCCAGCUAAUAAUUUGGGGGGAGGGGCUUAGUUUAGUUUGGGUAGGGUUUAAACAAAGCAAAAAGGCAACAGUAGUCCCAUCUGCUUUUGGAAGAUCCUCCGUGCCCCAUAUUACAUGAAGGGGCCACCACAGCGUCAGACAAUUCAGAAGAAAGCAAGAUGUUAGUUCCUACAUUUGAUUCUCUAGGGAACAGGAGCAUUUUGCUGUUUCAUGGUGUUUGCUUUGGCGUGCUGCUGCCAGGCCCCCGCAGCAGCACACCAGGGUCUGAGGGCCAGAGGGCAGCACUUUUCCUGGAGCCAUAGAUGCAAAAAGACCUUUUCCAUCCUCUACCCUGAGCAAUGAAGGUUCCUCAGCCUGAAUCAUGUGAAGAACAGACGGCUUCUCUGGCUGGGCCAGACAUCUGGCUCCACCCAGGUUUGUAGCCCUCGAGGCUGAGAAACAUUUGUCAUAGCAAGAUCUGACUGGUAAGGCUUAAACCAUCAGCCAGCCAAACUGCCCCCAUCCCAUGAAUCUGGUGCCUUUGAUUAUUUAAAAAAAAAAUAAAGAAAAAGUCAUUUUGUAAAAUGUUUCAUCUCCAGCAGAGCCCCUUAUGUUUUCUAUUUCUUGUUUUUUGUACAGUUGUAAAAAUAUUACAGAUCUUCUGUCUUGGGGUACGUAUUUUCAGUGUAAUACAGUCUGUAUAAUAAAAGUUUAGAUUUUC